AAUAGCGCAAGUAUCGCCCAUCUCCAAAUUCGAGCGAACUGUCUGAGGGCCUAAAAAACAAUUUCUUCGAUUUUGGAUUUGUCAUCCUUUAAAGACUCGUGGAUCCAAAUACCGAUCGGUUUACAUGCUCUGGAAGCUUCGGUCUUCCAGCACCGAACCUGGUCAAUGCAGUAGUCACAUACGCUCUUGCAGCGUUCAAGGAAACAAAAAAAAGUAAAUAAAAAUAGGGCCAAAAAGCGAGCUAUAAUCCAAAUUCUCAAUUAAAAUUGGAACACAAAUCGAACGUAGGCCAAUCAUAUAAUGAGUUUUAGAUACAACAAUACACAACAAUGCACGCACAUCGAAACUAAAAACGCCCCCGAAUUGGACCUCGGUCAAAAGCCAACGAGUAACAGAAGUCACAGCAUGCGAGACCAGGAUAAGGAGAAGCUAUUCAGUUGCUCGCUCAACUCGCUAGCCAAGCGCGACGAGAGCAUCGAGGAGGAUGCCACCGGUUCCGGCACGGGACUCGUCGGUCUGCAGAAUAUCGCGAAUACGUGUUACAUGAAUUCGGCGCUGCAGGCGCUCAGCAAUUUGUCUCCGGUGACGCAUUAUUUCAUUAACUGCAGCGAUCUCGUCGAGCACAUCGCGAGCACGCCACGCUCCAAGCCCGGCGGCCUGGCAAAAAGCUAUCAGCGUCUCAUGCAGGAAAUGUGGCUGCAAGUGGACGAACCAAAAGAUUAUCUGGCGCCGCGUGGCAUUUUGUAUGGGAUUCGAUCGGUGCAUCCGAUGUUCCGUGGCUAUCAGCAACAUGAUACACAGGAAUUUCUGCGCUGCUUUAUGGACCAGCUGCACGAGGAGCUGACGGAGCAAAUAAGCACACCAACAACAGCAACACAGCAACAACAACAGCCUGAAAACGAAACCGAUGAUGAGGAUGCGCUGCCAAAACAACGUCAUUCGCCAACGCCAUCGGAGAGCGAGUACGACACGUGCGAGAGCAGUCUGUCGGAGAACUCUUCGGAGGUGCUCGUGAGCACCGAGUACUACUUGGCCCCGCAUCGCAACAGCAGCAGCAAUCCACUUUCAGAGGCAUCCACUUCACAACAGCAGCAACAACAACAACAACAAAGCCCGAAGACAGUUCAAUCGGAAUCGAAGUCGGUGGAGGCGGCCCAUUCAAUAAUUAGCGAUGUAUUUGAUGGCAAACUGCUGUCCUCGGUGCAGUGUUUGACCUGUGAUCGCAUUUCGACGCGCGAGGAAACAUUCCAGGAUCUAUCGCUGCCGAUACCCACCAGAGAUUUUCUCAAUGUGCUUCAUCAGACGCACAGCCUCAGUGUGCAGAGUCUGAAUGCAGCCGACCUGGCAUCGGCCCGGAGCAACGAAGGCUGGCUCGCCUGGAUGUGGAACAUGGUGCGCUCAUGGAUCUUUGGUCCGUCCGUCACGCUCUACGAUUGCAUGGCCAGUUUCUUCAGUGCGGACGAGCUCAAGGGCGACAAUAUGUACAGCUGUGAACGUUGCAAUAAAUUGCGCACGGGCAUCAAAUAUUCGCGGGUGCUCAACUUGCCGGAGGUACUGUGCAUCCAUUUAAAGCGCUUUCGUCACGAUCUCUCGUACAGCUCGAAGAUCUCGUCGCAUGUCUACUUUCCGCUGGAGGGAUUCGAUAUGCGUCCAUAUCAGCACAAGGAGUGCAAAUCUCUGGUGCCCACCUACAAUCUAUGCUCGGUGAUUUGUCAUCAUGGCACAGUUGGUGGCGGACACUACACGUGCUAUGCUCGGAAUACGCUCAAUGGUCGCUGGUACGAGUUCGAUGAUCAGCAUGUGACCGAGGUGACGCCCGAUGUGGUGCAGAAUUGUCAGGCCUAUGUGCUAUUCUACCAAAAACACAAUCCCCAAAUGAAACUUGUGCGCGAGGAGGCCAUCAAUUUGUCCACAUCGAAUCCGCUCUACGAGGGCGACAUCCAGUUCUAUGUGACACGCGAGUGGCUGUCGCGACUGGCAACGUUCGCGGAACCGGGGCCGAUUAACAACCAGGAGAUGCUUUGUCCCCACGGCGGUAUUCUACAUUCCAAGGCGGCGCUAAUUAGCCAAAUUGCCGUGCCCAUUCCACAACCGCUGUGGGAUUUCCUCUACAAUCGCUUUGGCGGCGGUCCGGCCGUCAAUAUUAUGUUCGAAUGCGAUAUUUGCAAGCGUGCCGCCGAUGCUCUAAGCCGGCGGCAGCAGUACGAACUGGCCGUCUUCACCAAAUACAAUGCGCAGCCAAGCGAGUUGGACUCGUCGGCCAUCUAUGCGAUUGCCAUGCCCUGGACACGGGCGUGGCAGCAAUUCCUGCGUGGCAUUACGACCAAGGAGCCGGGACCGAUCAACAAUGAAGGCAUUGCCGAUACCAGUAUGCUAAAUGGCUCCGCCAUCAGUUGUGUUCGCGCUGGCUCCGAUUAUGCGCAAUUGAAUGCGCCACUCUGGCGAUUCCUUCAUGGAAUUUAUGGCGGCGGACCCGAAAUAAUACUGAGGGGUGCGCUAUCCGAUGAUGAGGCGGACGAAAUUGAGAUUAUCGAUCAGGACGAUGACGACGGGAUGAAUGAGGAGGACGAUGUGUCAACAGAUAUCUAUCCAUACAAUCAUUCGGAUACCGAAAGUAAUUUGGGCAGAAGCCACAACGAGAGUCCCACGCUUUCCUCAUCCCCAUUGCCAGUGCCAAUACCAAUGACAAUGCCAAUUGAGCAGCCAGAUAUGCCCACCAUUAAGCCAGAGUUGCUGUCCAAUGGCAGUGCGACCUCCACGAACAGCAGCAAUCGACGCAGCCGAUCCCAUGCCAAAUCCAUUAAGGUUGCAGCGUUGCGCCUUAAUAUGCGUAAACGUGGCCGAAAUCGCAAUGCCGCCAAACAGCACACGGAGAUGUUUGGCGCCAAGGGUCACUACAAUCCCCAUGGGGAUGCUGGCGCCGAGGGGGAAGCUGAAUGUGCCAACGAUAAUAGUAGGGACAAGGAUCAAAGAGCAGCCGGAACUGCAUUUCAAAAUGAAUACACCAUACCAUUCCAAAGCGACAAUUUCCAGGUGAACGGCACGCGGGAGAAGAAGCGCGAGAAGAACAAGCUGCGCAAGAGCAACCACAACCAAAACCACACUCACAAUCACAACAACAACAAGGAGAACAACAACGUCAAACUGCAGAAAUUUGUGAUGCUGCACGAGGCGAAUGGUGCCAAUGACGAGACUGAUAUAUGAUGAUCGACAGCCGCAACAGUAGUGACAGCCAUGAUUGCCAGCAGACGGCGGACGGCGGAUGCAUUUUGUGAUGAGAGUCAAACGCGGCCGAUGUUUAGACCCAAAAUCAAAGUUUAGGCAUUAAAUGUAGUUAAAUACCUCACUGUUUCAAUUGGGGUGGAGGCUAUCACUAUGUAAAAAAAAAAAAAAAAAAAAAAUAACAUACAAAUUGUAUCUAUAAAUGUAAACCAAUAUUAUUAUACAAAAAAAGUAUACCAAACAGACGAGAUAUGGCUGGUUACAAUGAGAGUUAUACAAUAAGCGCAAUUGUAGGACCUUCUGUGUUUUGUGUUCAUUUCCACAUCCACCCCUCCCCUCCUCUCCUCUCCUCUCCUCUACACUUCACUCCCUUCCUGCCCCCAAAAAACAAAGCAAACAAAUGUAAAUAAUGUAGGAAAUGUUUAAUGGUGCGAACACAAAAUAAAAUAUCUUAAACAGAUCACAAAUUCCA